AUGGAUAAGUUUAUACAGAUUGGAGAAAAGUUCGGAUUCGAAGGAGAAAAACUCCUCGAGUUUGUGCGGGAGCAACAAAAGUUAGAAGAAGAAAGAAGGAGGGAAGAAGAAGAAAAGGAAGAAAAACGUAGACAAUUAGAAGAGGAAAAAGAAGAAAAACGUCGAAAACUUGAGGAAGAAAGGAGGAGGGAAGAGGAAGAGAAAGAAGAAAAACGUAGGCAGAUAGAAGAAGAAAAGGAAGAGAGACGUCGAAUACUUGAGGAAGGCAGAAGGAAGGAAGAAGGAGAGAAAGAGGAAAGACGUAGAAGAGAAGACGAAGAAAGAGAAACUAGGCGGCAACAACGCGAACUGAGAAAAUUAGAGCUGGAAGCAGACCUGUUGAAGCAGAAAGAGGCCAUUGAAGCCGCUAAGAGAGAGCAUGAACUAGAGCUCGCUCGUCUAGCACAAGGCCGUAAUGAUACCGAACGUGCUGAAGUGAGAGAGGAUCGGGCCAAGGCACCCAAGCUUCCCUCAUUUGUUGAUGGCAAGGACGACUUGGAUGCUUACCUACAACGAUUUGAGAGAUUUGCAGCUACAGCUAAAUGGGAGAAGACAGGAUGGGCUUCGAAACCUAGUGCUCUUUUGUCUGGACGUGCCCUAGAAGUUUAUUCGCGAAUAUCUGAGGAAGCAGCCCAAGAUUACGACCGAGUGAAGUUAGCUUUGAUGAAGAGAUAUGACCUUACAGAGGAUGGCUAUCGGCGUAAAUUUAGAGCAUCAAAGCCGGAAGUCGACGAGAGUCCUGAGGAGUUUAUAGUGAGACUGGAUAGAUACUUGUUGCGGUGGUUAGAACUGUCGAACACUGAACGAUCUUUUGAAGGCCUGAAAGAUUUAAUUGUGAAAGAACAGUUUAUUGACUCUUGUCCAAAAGAGUUAGCUAUUCACCUUCGUGAAAGAGCCCCGGAAACGCUUGCCCAGAUAGCGAAGAUUGCCGAUCAGUACUUAGAAGCACACGGAAAGCAUCUGUUCAGCUCUGCGAGCAAGAAGCCACAAGUACAGCCCAAGGCGGAGGAAACAAAGACUGCACAGAGUGAUACAACAGCCCUCCAGUGUUACAAGUGUAAUGCCUGCGGACACAAAGCUAUUAACUGCCCAACU